AUGCGUUCAACAUUGUUGCUGAGUGCCGUCUGUGCGGCCGGAGUCUGGGGUACGCCGCUCGACAUCGACAAGCGCGUCUAUGAAACCGACUGGAGCUAUGUCACCCUCACCGAGACCUCCACUGCCCAGCCCGUGGCAGCAGCUACCACCACCUAUGCCCCUGCGCAGGCCGUGCAGGAGACCGAGAACGUCGUCACUGCCGCCCCUGUGACUUCCACCAGCACCCUCCCUCCUGCCCCGGCGCAAACCACCACCUUGGCUCCCGCUCCCGCCGACAACGAUAACAACAACAACGCCAACGCUAACACCAACAAUGUUGCCAACGACGUUGGCAGUGUUGUCGAUAGCAUCCUGCCUACGGCCUUGACUUCCAGCUGGUCCACCGAGUGGACAUCGACCCCCACGCAGGCUCCUACUACCAUGUCCUCGACCACCUCCAGCGCUGGUUCGCAGGGCACCAACGCCUACCAGCAGGCCAUCCUGUACCAUCACAACAUCCACCGCAGCAACCACUCGGCCAACUCCUUGACCUGGUCCGACAACUUGCAGGCUAGCGCCCAGAAGUUGGCUGCUCGCUGUGUCUACGAGCACGACACGAGCAUUGACGGCGGUGGUUACGGUCAGAACAUUGGCUACGGUGUCGAGGAGAGCAACAUUGGCCAGAUGAUCACCAACCUGAUGUACAACGAUGAGAUGGGCUUCUUCUCCGACCUGUACGGCUUGGCCAGCCCGCUCAUGGCGCUGUUUGACAGCUGGGGUCACUUCUCCCAGAUCGUCUGGAAGUCCACGACCCAGGUGGGAUGCGCCACUGUCAUGUGUGACAGCCUGGGCAACAUCGAUGCCAGCCGAUCUCUUCCGUUCACUGUGUGCAAUUACAACCCUGCAGGAAAUACCGGUGGGGAAUAUGCCGACAAUGUGCUCAAGCCUCUCGGACAGCCCAUGUUCACGGCAUAA